UCGGUUUUGCUUAUGUUAAACUGCAGGCAUUAGACCUCAAAUGCAGAGCUGGCUGGAAAGUGACUUUAGCUGCACGAACGUUCCAACACUGGAUACUUUGUAACAUCUCCUGGCGCUCAACCAGUCUACUAAUGACAGAAAAUGGCUAUCAUUGUGCAGCAGCAGCAGAGAGAAACUGACCCUCCCGGAGCCUGCUCUACAUGAUGACAUGAUCAGGAUGUUGCAAGAUUAUUGGAAAUUUAAACGUACUUCUGGAGAGAGCUCUUGACGUUAGUCAAUCUAAGUGUAUAUUUUUUCAGCGUGUGGAGCCUGCCCCCACACACUUUACCUGCCAAACACGGCCUUUACCUGUGUUUUCCGGUGUUUCCCGUGCGAUCCUUCCUGCGGGAGCGCCUCGUGGGCCACUCCAGAAUUUACUCAGCGUUCAGUGGCUCCAAUGGUGAAAAUGACAAGGUCCAAAACUUUUCAAGCAUACUUACCAUCGUGCCACAGAACAUACAGCUGUAUCCACUGCAGAGCACAUCUUGCAAAUCACGAUGAGCUCAUCUCAAAGUCAUUUCAAGGCAGUCAAGGUCGAGCAUAUCUAUUCAAUUCUGUUGUUAACGUUGGUUGUGGUCCUGCAGAAGAACGUGUUUUACUCACUGGGCUUCAUGCGGUAGCAGAUAUCUACUGUGAAAACUGCAAAACAACACUGGGCUGGAAAUAUGAACAUGCAUUUGAAAGCAGCCAGAAGUAUAAGGAAGGAAAAUACAUAAUUGAAUUAGCUCACAUGAUCAAGGAUAAUGGGUGGGAUUGAAAGCAAUAUCCCUGUAUGAAGAGAAAUCUCAGAAGAACAUCCAGCUGAACGUUAUAUCCUUAGAAUGAGCGAGUAACUGAGUGCUUGGUUUCAUAUGAAUCAGAGGCUGUGCCGCAUGGAGCAUCCUCUCACCCUUAAUACAUCAUUCUUGGUGAAUGGCCUCUCAAUUUCUGACACUCUGUCUAUUUGCUUUGUAUCCCUUUUGUGAGUUGCCCUUGGCCUCGUCCCGCUCUUUGUAGAGUUGGUUAAAGGAAAGCAUUAAGAGCCUCUCAGCCCAGUCACUUCUUUUACUGUUAGAGUUGAUUUCAAGCCGUGCAUACGAUGGCACAGAAAAAGUGACUCAUGGGGGGUGGGGGUCAUGUGGAAAAGAAAAAAAGGAAGGAGAUGUAACCAAUAAGUAGUCAGGGUUGUAUGAUCAAAUGAAUGUCCUGCAAUCAAAGUUUUUUUCCUGAAGGAGGAAAAUUAUCUGCUGCUUUCUUUCAGGAAAUGGCUGGAAAUGACAGAAGCAAUGUAGGUUAGGAAUGUCUACCUUACAGAUACCAAAAAUCCAUGAGUUUAAAUGAGUACAUUGACCACAUCCACCCAAUACUGCUGCAGUCAGGUUAAAUCCGAUAUUACCACAUGGUACUUUGUUUCAUUCUCUAAAAUUAGCCUCUGUACUAAAGAUUGAAUCGCCUAGUCACUGAUUCUAGAUCUUGCCUAUGUACCUUUUGAAGAAAGAAGACUAGAUCACAAAUAUUUUUUAUUUUCAGAUUUAAAAUAUUUGUGGGGUAUUUUUUUGUUUUGUUUUUUUUCUCCCCACUUACUGCAUCUUGCACCUAGCACAUCAUACUGAAUGUUUGUACAUAACUGACUAACGUAGUCAUAGCUUAAUUACCAAGGGAAAUCCGAAAUUAAUUUAUGUAAGAACAUUACAGAUUGUACCAAGUACAAUUAAUGAACAUCCAUUACUAGCGCUGUAUCUGUUCAUGCUGUGAUGCUGCUUACGUUGUAUACACCAGUAGUGAAUAUUCAGAUGUCUGUUCUUAAUUUGGAGCGUUAUCACAGAAACCUGUAUGAUGGGGAAAAUUAUCCAUAUUCUGAAAUGGAGCACAAAAAGUGCAUUUGCGGUUUUGGUUUAAAUUGGUAGAUUAGUAAUCUCCUUUUCCUUUUUUUUUUUUCUGCAUAAUUUGUAUUUUAGAUUUCUACACAAAGUAUUUAGAGUUCCUUUCAGUUGGAGUAUUAAUGCAUGUUUUUUGUUGUGUUUUUUUUUUUCCCCAAUGUUGCUGUAGAUUUUUAUUAAAUCCUAUCGUUCCAAUCAGUUGAGUAGUAAGAGGAAUGUAUAAUGGAUUGGUCAUUUGCUGAUAAGGAAAUGUCAUUUUAGAGAGAGGAAGACCAGUGGCCAAAAUCUGGCUCCCUGCAUACUAAGCAAAAUCCAUGAAUCGGUGGGCUCUUGGCCAAUAGCUUCCUCUCAUCUAAAUAUAUUUUCCACAGCCAUGCUUUUGAUAUUGAGGAAGACAUGUGGCAGAUUGUAACAUGAGAUUGGAGAUGUUUGGAGGGUGCAGAGGUUUAUAGCGUAACUUAUUCACGGAUGGUAUGCGUUCAGGCAUAUUCCCCAAAUCUGCCAGGCUAUUUAGAUGGUGAAUUUUCAGAAAAUGGGUACCUUGCAUUUUAGGUCUAAGCUUUGUAUUUAUAGUUCUUUAUGUUUCAAAGUUUGCAGAGCUCUGUGGCAUCCAAAAAGUUAAUCUUAAAGUUUAUUGUUCAUUAGUUCCGGAGUACACAAUCAUUAAUUAUCCCAUUAUUUUUAUUCAGAGAAAGAUAUUUAUUUUUUAUACUAAUUUCUUCUUGGAAAUUAGAAUACUUGGUCAUAACUUUUCCCAGUAGUGUGUGUUAUGAUACAUGUGUUGGAGCUAUGAUGUGAUAUCAUGUCUCAGAGCAUUCAAGAUUGCUUUUAAAAUCUUGUUCUCGUCCUCUCCAUUCAUUGUUGUGUUGUAAGAUUUUUGUAAAAAUAUUUUUUAAAUAGAAUCCAAGAUCUGCUCAUUUACCAAGGGAAAGACAUUGGCAAAGCUUGUAUUUCAUUACUUAUCAUUGAUAUUUGCCUUUUUUUUUUUU